AUGUCUGUUCCUCAACCAACGGGGCUGAUGGCCGCCGAACAACAUCGGGAACAACAGGAGCAAGAAGCCGUGGCAGCAACAACGGCCGAUAACGAAAAAUUGGCACUCCAUAAGCUCGAGGCAACUUCCAGUCGCACAUCAAGUAUAGCGUCUGACGGCAGUAUCGAGCAAGAUGCCCCGGGAAAGGAAGCUACUGCCCAGAAGCGCAAAUGGUAUCGAAAGUUGAACCCGCUUCGGCUACGUAAGAUUCCUCCCGUACCAGAGGAACGAUCGGUAUCUCAUGAAUAUGGUGCCAAUAUCCUCAGUGUUAUUCUGUUCCAAUGGAUGUCUCCGUUAAUGAGCACUGGUUACCUACGGCCUCUGCAACUUCAGGACAUCUGGAAAGUGAAUCCUGACCGAUCCGUCUAUCUCCUCAAAACCAAACUCAUCGAGUCAUUCGAACGGCGUCACAAACAGGGAGGAAAGUACCCGCUGUUGUUCGCCAUAUACGACACAUUUUUAUUUGAAUUCUGGCUUGGCGGAGUGUGCAACUUUUUCAAUUCUCUCUUUACGGUCUUCUCUCCUUAUAUGACCCGCUACUUAAUUGCUUAUGCGACAGAGGCCUACACAGCCAAAGCAAACAAUCAACCGGAACCUAAGAUCGCACACGGAAUUGGAUUUGCUGUUGGCAUAACUGUUAUGCAAAUAUGUCAAAGUCUAUGCACCAAUCAGUUCAUCUACCGAGGUUUUCUAGUUGGUGCACAACUGAGGGCUGUGCUAAUCAAUGUUAUUUUUGAUAAGACAAUGAAGAUCUCGAAUCGAGCCAGAGCCGGUGGUAGUCUGGCCGGAGCUGCCGAUGCGGAUGGCCAUAAGAUCCUUGAGGGCAGCAUAAGCGGACAAGGUUGGAGCAAUGGGCGUAUUAUCACUCUGAUGAGCGUUGACGCAGACCGUAUCAACACCGCAAUGGGCAUGUUCCAUCUUAUGUGGUCAUCACCACUGAUUCUCAUCCUCGCCGUCAUCCUUCUCUGCGUCAACAUUGGCUAUAGUGCGCUCUCUGGAUUUGCCUUGUUACUUCUUGGCAUUCCCUCUCUAACUCUGGUCAUUAAAAGUCUAUUGAAAAGAAGAGACUACAUCAACAACCUCACUGAUCAACGAGUUUCUUUAACUCAGGAGAUCCUGCAAUCUGUCCGUUUCGUCAAGUUUUUCGGAUGGGAAAGUAGUUUCAUGGCGAGAUUAAAAGGUAUUCGCAAGCAAGAAAUCCGUGCGAUACAAGUUCUCCUAGCUAUCCGGAAUGCCAUUCUGUGUGUCUCUCUGGCGAUGCCGACCUUUGCAUCAAUGCUUUCCUUCAUCACGUAUUCCUUAUCGCAGCACGUGCUUACCCCCGCGCCUAUUUUCUCAUCGUUGGCCCUUUUCAAUUCUCUCCGUGUGCCUUUGAUGCUGUUUCCCCAGGUCUUGGGCCAAGUUACAGAUGCAUGGACUGGUCUAAAGCGUAUUGAAGAAUUUCUGCUCGAGGAGGAAGUCAUGGAGGAUAUUAAGUGGGAUGACAAUAUGGACGACGCUAUCAAGAUAGAGGGUGCUUCCUUUACCUGGGAGCGUACUGCACCUGAUGAACUAGACCAGAAAGGAGGAAAGCCCAAGAAGGACAGCGGGAAGAAGGAAGCCGUCGUUGAACCGGAAGCUCCUGAAGAUGUCAUUCCCUUCAAGAUAUCAGAUAUUAGCCUUUCCGUCAAGCGGAACGAGCUCAUUGCCGUCAUUGGAACCGUUGGUUCUGGAAAGACAUCUUUGCUUGCCGCAUUAGCGGGUGACAUGCGACUGACUGAAGGAUCAAUUAAGCUCGGUGCAUCCAGAGCAUACUGUCCGCAGUAUGCCUGGAUUCAGAAUGCUACUGUUCGAGAAAAUAUCAGUUUCGCCAAGAAAUAUGAUGAAUCGUGGUACAACACAGUCGUUGAUGCAUGCGCAUUGCGUCCCGAUUUUGAUGUUUUCCCAAAUGGAGACAGUACGGAGAUAGGAGAACGUGGCAUCACCGUUUCUGGCGGUCAGAAGCAGCGUCUCAACAUUGCCCGCGCCAUCUACUUUAAUUCAGAUAUCAUCCUGAUGGACGACCCCCUAUCUGCAGUAGACGCACACGUCGGCCGCCAUAUUAUGGAUCAGGCAAUAUGUGGCUUGCUCAAAGAUAAAUGCCGUAUCCUUGCAACUCAUCAGCUUCAUGUUCUAAGUCGCUGCGACCGAAUCGUGGUUAUGGAUGAUGGCCGCAUCAAUGCCGUUGACACUUUUGAAAACUUGACGCGUGAUAAUGUUCUCUUCCAGCGACUAAUUUCCACUACUACACAAGAUCAAGAAAACGAUAAAGAGAAGGGGGAAGAAGAAGACGAUGAUGAGGCAGACAAGAUCGACAAGGAAGAAGUGGUGCCAGCCAAGAAAACCAAACGUGGAAAACAAGCAGCUUUGAUGCAGCAAGAAGACCGAGCCACUGCUGCCGUUGGAUGGGAUGUGUGGAAAGCAUAUAUGCUAGCUUCCGGAAACGUUCUCUAUCCGAUUUUUGUCGUAGUGAGUAUCGUUCUUACCAACGCUUCUAACAUUAUGACAAGUUUCUGGUUGGCAUACUGGACAUCCGGUCAAUACAACUUGACCACUGGUCAAUACAUAGCGGGCUAUGCCUCGCUGGCUGUACUGCAAGCCGUUAUCAUGUUCAUAUACUCAACAGUGCUCAGCGUUGCAGGAACGAACGCCAGUAAGAACAUGCUACAAAAGGCCAUGACAAGGGUACUAAGAGCACCAAUGUCCUUCUUUGACACGACGCCCCUGGGUCGAAUUACGAAUCGAUUUUCAAAAGAUGUUCAUGUCAUGGAUAAUGAGCUUGGUGAUGCGAUGCGCAUUUAUGGACUGAAUAUUACUACGAUAGUAGCAAUUAUCAUUUUGAUUAUUGUUUAUUUCCACUACUUUGCCAUUGCAUUUGGACCUCUGAUGAUAUUGUUCCUUGUGGCAGCAAACUACUACCGUGCAUCAGCACGAGACAUGAAACGAUUCGAAUCAGUCUUGCGAUCUCAUGUCUUUUCUCGCUUCAGCGAGUCGAUUUCCGGAGUCGCCAGUAUUCGCGCUUAUGGCUUACAGGACCAAUUCAGUCGCAGUAUCAGUGAUGCAAUCGAUGAAAUGGACAGUGCCUACUUUCUCACAUUCUCCAAUCAACGAUGGCUCAGUGUCCGACUUGAUGCUGUCGGCUAUGUCAUGGUCUUUGUCACCGGCAUUUUAGUGGUUACAUCUCGAUUCAAUGUCUCCCCCAGUAUUUCGGGGCUUGUGCUGUCUUAUAUCCUUGCGAUUGUGCAAAUGUUGCAAUUUACUAUUCGUCAACUAGCUGAAGUCGAAAACGGCAUGAACAACACGGAACGAUUACAUUAUUACGGCACACAGCUUGAAGAAGAGGCUCCCGUCCACCUUGGUGAUGUUGAACCCGAGUGGCCUGCAGAGGGAAGAAUCACAUUUUCAGAUGUACAAAUGCGCUACCGUGCCGGUCUCCCUUUGGUUCUUCGGGGCUUGAACAUGGACAUUCGCGGCGGCGAGAGAAUCGGUAUCGUCGGACGUACAGGAGCCGGAAAGUCCAGUAUCAUGUCCGCACUAUUCCGAAUCACUGAGCUAUCCGGAGGCAGCAUCACAAUUGAUGGGAAAGACAUUGGUAAAGUUGGUCUACAAGAUUUACGUUCACGGCUAGCUAUCAUUCCCCAAGACCCGACUCUGUUCCGAGGAACAAUUCGAUCAAACCUCGACCCAUUCAACGAACACGACGAUCUGGAGUUAUGGGACGCAUUGCGAAAAUCCCAUCUAAUCGGCGAACAACCCGAGGGGUCCGAACUCGAAGAAUCCGAUGAAGAAAAGACACAACAACAAAAACAAACCCAACACUCAAACCGCAUCCAACUCGACAGCACCGUCGACGAAGAAGGCCUCAACUUUUCUUUGGGUCAACGGCAACUCAUGGCCCUCGCGCGUGCUCUCGUGCGCAACUCACGCAUCAUCAUCUGCGACGAAGCUACCUCCUCCGUCGAUUUUGAGACUGAUCGCAAAAUCCAACGGACCAUGGCGACAGGCUUUAAGGGCAAGACAUUAUUAUGUAUUGCGCAUCGGCUGCGCACCAUUAUCACCUAUGACCGGAUCUGUGUUAUGGAUCAGGGACGGAUUGCGGAAUUGGAUGCGCCGUUGACGUUGUGGGAGAGGCAGGAUGGGAUUUUCAGGAGUAUGUGUGAUCGGAGUGGGAUUGUGAGGAAGGAUUUUUUUGCGAGUGAUGAUGCAUAA